AGAUUUCUGAGCCCACCCCAUCAACUCUCUCAAUACCCAUAAUUUCAUUAUUUUCCUUAUUUUAUGAAUCGAAUACAUACAAAAAUAAAAAUCUCCUCUUACUUCGUACACUAAAUAUCUGUUUCUUUCUUCCAAGAAAUAGAAGGAAAGGAAAAAUGCUAGCUCUAAAGCCUUCAGUCCUCUCUCCUUUCCUUUCCUCUUCAAACCCUAACCCUAAUUUCCCUUGUUCUACAGCUCUUGGAUUUCACUUUUCGAGUGGCCGAUCUCGCUCGAUCGGUUCAUCGUCGCCGCAGAUCAAGAGUGCAGCUACGAAACCUGCGAAAACGCCAGCUGAAGAAGACUGGAAGACCAAGCGCGAGGUUUUGCUGAAGAAGAGGGUACGGAGUGUUGAUGUGAAGGAAGCUUUGCGCCUUCAAAAGGAAAACAACUUUGUGAUUCUUGAUGUGCGCCCAGAGGCAGAGUUCAAAGAGGCUCAUCCACCGGGUGCUAUUAAUGUGCAAAUUUAUAGACUUAUAAAGGAGUGGACAGCAUGGGAUAUUGCUAGACGUGCUGCAUUUGCCUUCUUCGGCAUAUUCUCUGGCACAGAAGAAAAUCCUGAGUUCAUACAAAUUGUGGAGUCAAAAUUAGACAAAAACUCAAAAAUAAUAGUUGCUUGCUCAUCGGGAGGAACAAUGAGACCUUCGCAGAGUCUUCCAGAAGGACAGCAGUCAAGGUCUCUGAUAGCUGCCUACUUGCUAGUCCUCAAUGGGUACGAAAACGUGUUUCACUUGGAUGGUGGGCUUUACAUGUGGUUUAAGGAAGGAUUACCAGCAGUUUCAGAAGAGUAAUUAUUGCAAAUUUGAUUUCCUUUCAUCUAGAGAGAGAUUGUAGUGUUCUGCCUGAAUGAAGAUGAUCCUUGAUUUCCUCCUACUGUACAGAAAUCUCGUACAGUGGAACUGAUUUUGAUGCGCACUUCAACAUGUUGAGUAUGUUGUAAACCAUUAGAAUUAGAAACUACUAUUAAUGGGUUGUAAAAGUCUUGCCAGAGUAAGCAUAGUGAAAAGAGUUUUGAAUUUAGCUUCUAAUACAUGGAUGAUUAUAUCUUCUGUA